AUGAUGCUCUUCGAGCGUCCGUCAUCAUCCGGAUGGGUUAUUCUGGAAAUAAGAGAUUACGAGAUUUAUUCACCACAGUCCAACUUGUUGACAGAUGCCGUCACAACUGCUUUGUCAUAUGCGCAGUCUUUUCUGCGGCCCUUUGAACUUCGGAAGUACCCGUUUUGGACGACCUGGUUAGCUGAUACCCACUCCACCUGGCCUAUGAUCUACAACUCUGGGAUCGCAGAGCGAACCACAAAUAACCCUGCAAUCCCAUAUCGCCCUCGUUCCACCUUGUCCCCCUGA